UAUAAGCAGUUGUGCAACACCCUGAUUUUCUGCUUUUAUCUGAAAUGAAACUUAGGGAAAGCAGCAGGAGGUGCAGAAGUGAAGCUAGACAUUCAUCGCCCUCCCUCCCACCCCCAUUUUUUAGCAGGACUUUAGAAGGAGAGAUUUGUGUCACAAUCUUCAAACGAGAGAGCACGUUUGAGGACGCUUUACAACUAGAGAAAAAAAGAGUCCUUCAGUGGCGGUUGGAAAUGCUCACACAUCGAAACAUACGCGCUCUGUGGCUUCUGCUACUUCUCCAUGUGUCUGGAAGUGCAUAUAAAUUUAACCUGUUCAAGAGCAAGCCCCAGCCGCAGGAGGGUGAUGUGAGGCUGUUUGGCUCUAAGAGCAUUUCAGAAGGCCGCGUGGAGGUAUACCACAAUGGGAAAUGGGGAACGGUGUGUGACGACGGCUGGGACAUGGCUGAGGCCCAGGUGGUGUGUCGUCAGCUCCACUUCCCUGGCGCAAAAUCGGUUGUCAUCGGGAAGGACUAUGGAGAAGUAGCAACUGGACCUAUUUGGCUGGAUGAUAUCAAUUGCAAAGGCACAGAGAACCAUCUGUUUACAUGUGGUUUCAAAAGCUGGGGAGUAACUGACUGCACCCACAAAGAGGAUGUUGGAGUUACUUGUGAAACAGCAAGCACUAAUCUGACCAUCAGUGAUUCUACUCACUUGCUGGACCACAGUUUCAGUCUGCCUGACCUCCUCGGGCAAAUGUUUGACAGUGGAAAUGGCUGUGACUUCCUGAUCGUAGUCAAGAGUGCUACUGGAAACCGACAGGAGGACGGGUAUCUGGAGAUGGUGGAAACAACAAUCUGUGCACACAAAACAAUCCUCUCGCAAUUUCCACUCUUUAAUGCUUCAGAGGAGAUUACUAACAUCACAGUCGACAUCAGCCAGUCCUGCCAACCAUAUUUCGCCGCCUUCAUAAGGUACAUUUACACCCGCAAGAUGGAUGUGACCUUCUCCUCUGUGCAGUGUGUCCACUGGAUGGCUUCUAAAUUUGGAGUAAAGCAGCUGAUGGAGGACACAGGCCGGCUGUUCUCUGAAGUCCUUCCAGAGGACGCUUCAUUUCACACCCAGGUGUCCCUUUACAAGUACGCAGAGGAGACUGGGGACUUAAUCCUCCAGGAGAACUGUGUCCAGUACCUGGCCUGGAACUACCAAAACCUGACCAAGUCUCCAGCUUGGGCCGACCUCUCUGCGGAGCUCAUUGGAGUCCUUCUAGCCCGCUCAGACCUGGUGGUGCCAGAUGAGUAUUUUCUGCUCCAGACUGUGGAGAGCUGGAUCACAGAGAAGGGCAACUCCAUCACUUUGGAAACCCAGGUUGACCUGUUGAAUCAAAUUCGUUUCCCUAUGAUCCCUGCGGAGAAACUAUAUGAGCUUGAGUCCAACUCCUCUCUUUACAGCACACAUAAGAAAAUAUACCAUGAGAACAUAUUGAAAGCAUUCCAGUUUAAUGUUUUGCUCUUCAGCAAUCUUUUGUCCAACCCAAAGUUCAACAGAGAAGAUGAGGAUUACCAUCCCAGGAUCUACACUGCUAAGCCAUGGAGCACUACUAUUGGCCCUUUGAGCACCUCAACCUCACGGAAUCCAAAACCAUACCGAUAUACAUCUUCAUACGACCGCAGGAUGCGGUUUGGCUAUGAAAAUGCUUAUAUUUAUCCCACUGUCAGUUCAUACGGUCGAGACACAGUCAAGUCGUUCAGCACACCUGUCCACAACAGCCUGAUCUUUAAGGACAACCAGAUUCACUGGGAGGCAAACGUCUUCAGGAGUCAGUAUGAAUGUUCAAGCCGAGGGGUGAGCUGCAAGUCGCUCCCAGUGGCAAGGCUGGUUCGUUCAAACCACUUCACCCAGGAGAGCAACAUCCUCUUUCGUAACCGGCUCCUGCUGGAGUGCCAAGGCAAGUACAUCUGUCAGGUUCAGGACUUCAAGGUCAACCUGGCUCAAAUCACUACCAAUGGUACCCAGGUUCUUGCCUAUCCCUGUCCUGAUGACAAGUACACCUUCCGCUUUGUAGUGAGACCAGAGUAUGACUGAAUCUGAUUAUUUCUCCCACUUGAUCAGUUCGUCAGGUUGUUAUUCAACAAAUUGCAAUGAAAUACUUACAGAUUAUCUGUGACUGAUUUUUUUUUUUCAGGAAUCUCUGUUGAUUAGUUACAAAUGUAUCACCUGUGAUUUAAUUCAUUUCAUAUCAAUCGUGUCCAUACCUGCUUUUUUAAAAAUGAGAAAUAA